GUGGCGCUACAGCACAACACCCUAAAUAAAAACGCUGCGACUAGGCGUGCUCCAAGUAUGCCAACUACACCUUGUUCAAUGAGAAUGCUAUUCUAAAACUCAAACUAACGGUAAUAAUGCGACCAACUCUCAUCCUUAAACGACAACAAUUUUAAAGUUUACCCAGCGAGAUAAGUUGUGAUGGCUACUACUGAGAUGGAAUCUGGGUGUUCAGAAAGCAAGUCGGAGCAAGGUUCAGCUGACCCCGAUUCAAAGUAUCCACUAAAGGUUCUUUACUGUGGAGUGUGCUCUCUGCCGUCAGAGUACUGCGAGUACAUGCCUGAGCCAGCCAAAUGUAGGCAGUGGCUUGAGAAGAACUUUCCAGAUGUGUUUGCCAGGCUGACUCUAGGUGUAGCAGUGAAUGCACCAAAGCAGGAAGCCGGCACUGGAGAAGCCCCUCCAGUUGUCGAAGAGGAGGAGAAGAAGAAGCAAAAGCGAGGUGGAAGAGGCCAAAUCAAACAGAAGAAGAAGACCGUGCCUCAAAAAGUUACAAUAGCAAAAAUCCCAAGAGCAAAGAAGAAAUACGUCACACGGGUAUGCGGCCUGGCCACGUUCGACAUCGACCUGAAAGAGGGUCAACGAUUCUUUGCUCAGAAAUUCUCUUGUGGUGCCUCGGUGACGGCAGAGGAUGAAAUCAUCAUUCAGGGAGAUUUUACAGACGACAUCAUCGAUGUGAUUCAGGAGAAGUGGCCUGAGGUGGAUGACGACAGCAUUGAUGAUCUGGGUGAAGUCAAAAAGUGAAGACCAAAUAAGCACUUUCACUGAAAUGGAUGCGACCUGUAACAGCAACGACCUGGCCAAAUGUACACAUUUCGUCAUUUUAUACCGAUUUUGUUUACUGUACAUAAAAAGCUGCAGACUUGGCCUCUCACCUGGCUGUUUUUAGUUACUAGCUGCUUUUUCUCAUUUGCCAAAGGCGUGGUAUGACCUGAGUCCUUCACAAACACUCUCCACUCACGCAAACCGUAGGCUAAUAAAUUUCAGUCUCAUUCACCCAAA